CUCUCUCUCUCUCUCUCUCUCUCUCUCUCUCUCUCUCUCUCUCUCUCUCUCUCUCACUCACACACACACACACACACACACACACACACACACACACACACACACACACACACACACACACACACACACACACACACACACACACACACACACACCGACGCACACACACACUCAACCCCACACACACUCUGAAACAGGUUCAUGAUAAUGAGAAGCCUCAAGGCGCUGGGGUAGCAGGAGCCAUUUUUUCAUUCAUGCGGAGCGGUGCGGACGGAGUUGAGGGACUGGCGUGUUUUGAUGAGAAGCAUCGGCGUGGUUACUGCGGUUCCGUCUAAACGUUAAGUGGGAUUACCUGCGGAAGUGCGGCGCAAAGAAUGGAUACACUACAACAAAGGGAAACGCACAGGCGGAAAGUUUAGGGGACCGCGGUGAGAAAUUACUCUUAACUGGAUAAACACUACUGAGGAGCGAUGCACGUAAUCAAGUGGGAUUUGUUUUUUAUUUUGUGGUGGUUGGAACUGAUAUCGUUAUCGAACUGCUACACCGUUCACCUACGUGAGGAUGCGGAGAUAAGGACUCUACUUGCAAGCGUGCCGGAGAGCGGAGAGUGCACUUUGGAUCAGGUAAUCGCUCCAAAAUUCACCAAGGACUUCAUUGAGACGGACGCAGAGGCUGGCAUUGUGUUCGUCUCGGGCCAGAUCUCUUGCCCCUCGCUCGGCUCAAACCCAUUCACAGUGUACACUGUUGCAGAAUGCUCUGACCAUGAUUCCAAGGUUAGGCACCUCGUCACUUAUCAAUAUGAUGUGCAUGUCCAUGGUAAAAACUGUUCAAACAAACACAAAAGAAAGUCUGAGUGGGAUAUGGAGGUGUUCAGCUUGUUUAGGUAUGGCAGCCGGCAUAUACAGUGCCAUGAAGCGGGUUCUGCGUUGUUCCGUGUGUGGGAACUGCUCCCUACAUCCCCCACACGCCGCAGUGUUCACUGUAAGGUGACCACUAACCCUGACUUCUACUUUUCACGGGGAGAGUUGUUUGUUUUGAAGACGCUUUGCUGGAGACAUGACCUCCUCUUUGAACUAGACAUGGACUGUAACGUAGACCAUGAAAAUGUGCCUGGGGCUAAAGUUGACCAUAUCUCCAUUCACUGGCGUAUAGGCCAGGGCUCUUUCACACAGGCUCAUCUAGGCAGGUUAUUAGAACAGGCAGCCCAGUCAGACGCAGGUAUUGUGAGCAGAAAGAAGCGAAGUAUCAACAACAGCCCACAGUUCAAACCCCCCAUGUACCAAGUGUCUGUGCCAGAGAACAAGCCAGCAGGGACGUCAGUGGUUGUUUUGAAGGCUGUGGAUGUAGACGAGGGAGAGGCAGGCAGACUAGAGUACUUUAUCGAAGCCUUAUUUGACAGCCGCUCCAACAACCUUUUCGCCGUCGACCCGGCCAACGGGGCAUUGUCCACCGUAGAGGUGCUGGACCGGGAGACCAAGGACACCCACGUCUUCCGGGUGACGGCCGUUGACCACGGCACCCCUCGGCGCACCGCCAUGGCCACCCUCAGCAUCACGGUCAGCGAUACCAACGACCACAACCCCGUGUUCGAGCAGCAGGACUACAAGGAGAGCGUCCGGGAGAACCUGGAGAUCGGCUACGAGGUGCUGACCGUGCGCGCCACGGACGGGGACUCGCCCGUCAACGGCAACAUCCUGUACCGCGUCCUCAACAGCAACGGCUCCAACGACGUCUUCGAGAUCGACCCCCGGUCCGGCGUGAUCCGCACCAAGGGCCCGGUCGACCGGGAGCUGGUGGACGCCUACCUGCUGCUGGUGGAGGCCAACGACCAGGGUCGGGACCCCGGGCCACGCAGCGCCACAGCCACGGUCCACAUCAUCGUGGAGGACGACAACGACAACGCGCCGCAGUUCAGCGAGAAGCGCUACGUGGUGCAGGUGCCCGAGGACCUGGUGACUAACACGGAGAUCCUGCAGGUCACGGCCACGGACCAGGACAAGGGGAGCAACGCCGUGGUCCACUUCAGCAUCAUGAGUGGGAACACCAGGGGCCAGUUCUACAUCGACGCCCAAACGGGCAAGAUGGACCUGGUGAGCCAGCUGGACUACGAGGCGAAUAAGGAGUACACCCUGAGGAUCCGGGCCCAGGACGGCGGCCGCCCGCCGCUCUCCAACAUCAGCGGCCUGGUGACCGUGCAAGUGCUGGACGUCAACGACAACGCACCCAUUUUCGUCAGCACCCCCUUCCAGGCCACCGUGCUGGAGAACGUGCCUCUGGGAUACUCCAUCAUCCACAUCCAGGCCGUGGACGCCGAUUCCGGGGAUAACUCCAGGCUGGCGUACCGCCUCACAGACACCACGCCCAACUUCCCUUUCUCCAUCAACAACAGCACAGGCUGGAUCGUGGUGGCGGCCGAGCUGGACCGCGAGAGCGUGGACUUCUACAACUUUGGCGUGGAGGCCCGCGACCACGGCCGGCCCGUCAUGUCGUCCUCGGCCAGCAUCAGCAUGACCAUCCUGGACGUCAACGACAACAACCCCGAGUUCAGCCACAAGACCUACUACAUGCGCCUGAACGAGGACGCGGCUGUGGGCACGAGCGUGGUGACGGUGUCCGCCGUGGACCAGGACAUCAACAGCGUGGUGACAUGCCUUCAUGUGUCUCUCCUCAGCCCCGUCCUGAACCAGGCCGGCCUUCCCCAGGGACCCUCCGACCAAAAGGUUGUCGUGGUGACGGUGGACAACUGCGACGCCUCCGUGGCCAUGAGAUUUGGUCACAUGAUAGGAAACUACACCUGUGCCGCCCAGGGCAGCCAAUCGGGUUCCAAGAAGUCUCUGGACCUCACGGGGCCCCUGUUGCUGGGGGGCGUUCCCAAGCUGCCCGAAGACUUCCCCGUCCAGAACCGGCAGUUCGUGGGCUGCAUCAAGGAUCUCCGCAUCGACGAGAGCCACGUCGACAUGGCGGGCUUCAUCGCCAACAAUGGCACCUUACCCGGGUGCUCGGCCAAGCGUCACUUCUGCAACAACAGUCCCUGUCAGAACGGAGCCACCUGCGUCAACCUGUGGGGGUCUUUCAGCUGCCACUGCCCCCUGGGGUACGGAGGGCCCAAGUGCGAGAGAGUGAUGGCCAACCCGCAGCGUUUCCUAGGCAACAGCCUGUUGCAGUGGAGUCACCUGGCGGCGGCGGCGCUGGCGGUGCCGUCACACGUGGAGUUCAUGCUGCGCACGCGGCAGCCCAGCGCCACCCUGCUGCACCUCUCGGCCGGGCAGCAGCACAACCUCACCCUGCAGCUGCGUGGGGGCAGUGUGGUGAUGGGGCUGCACCGCGGCGAGGACUCCGUCCUGUCCCGGGUGGAGGAGGUGCUGGUGAACGACGGAGCCUGGCACCACCUGCAGCUGGACUUCAGCAGCUCCCCGGGGACCCCCAGCCACCACCGGGCGGUGCUGUCCCUGGACCACGGCCUCUACCUGGCCAGCAUGGAGGUGGACGGGGGUCUGCGGGGGUCCAAGCUGAAGGCGGUGACCGUGGGCGGGCUGCUGCAGGCGGACGGCACGGUGCAGCACGGCUACCGCGGCUGCCUCCAGGGUCUGAGGGUAGGGGAGGGUCUGCGUCUGGCCCAGGCCAGGAAGCUGAAGGUGGAGCAGGGCUGCAGCGUGCCCGACCCCUGUGGCUCCAGCCCGUGCCCCGCCCACAGCUACUGCAGCGAUGACUGGGACAGCUACUCCUGCACCUGCAGCCCCGGUUACUAUGGCAGCGCCUGUACCGAAGCGUGUGCGCUGAACCCUUGUGAACACGAGUCGUCCUGCGCCCGGAAGCCCGGCUCGCUCCGGGGCUACUCCUGCGACUGCCCCAGUCAUUACUUCGGAGAGUACUGUGAGAAGAAGACCGACCUGCCGUGUCCCCGAGGCUGGUGGGGCCACAAGACCUGCGGCCCCUGUAGCUGUCUGACGGACAAGGGCUUCGACUCGGACUGCAACAAAACCAGCGGGGAGUGCCGUUGCAAGGACAACCACUACCGGCCCGAGGGCAGUGAGUCGUGCCUGCUGUGCGACUGCUACCCCAUUGGCUCCUUCUCCCGGGCGUGCGACCGGGAGAGCGGCCAGUGCCAGUGCAAGCCCGGCGUCAUCGGGCGCCAGUGUGACCGCUGUGACAACCCCUUCGCCGAGGUGUCGCCCAACGGCUGCGAGGUCAUCUAUGACAGCUGUCCUCAGGCCAUCCAGGCCGGGAUCUGGUGGCCCAGGACCAAGUUCGGCCUCCCCGCGGCUGUGUCCUGUCCCAAGGGAUCUCUGGGCACGGCCAUUCGCCACUGUGACGAGCACAAGGGAUGGCUGCCCCCCAACCUGUUCAACUGCACCUCCAUCAGCUUCUCCAAGCUCAAGGGACUGUCGGAGAGGCUGUCCCGCAACGCCUCGGCCCUGGACUCGGAGCAGGCCAAGCGCACGGCCGCCCAGCUGGCCAACGCCACGGCACACACCCCCAAGUACUACGGCAGCGACGUGCGCGUGGCCUACCUGCUGACCCAGGGCCUGCUGCAGCACGAGAGCCGCCAGCAGGGCUUCAACCUCACCGCCACCAAGGACGUGCACUUCACCGAGAACCUGGUGCGCGUGGGCAGCGCCAUCCUGGCCCCGGACACGCGCGCCCACUGGGAGCUGAUCCAGCACACGGAGCGCGGCACGGCGGCACUGCUGCGGCGCUUCGAGGACUACGCCAACACGCUGGCGCAGAACAUGAGGAAGACCUACCUCAGCCCCUUCACCAUCGUCACGCCGCACAUCGUCAUCUCCGUGGACCGCCUGAAGAAGAUGAACUUCGCGGGCGCCAAGCUGCCCCGCUACCAGUCGCUCCGCGGGCCACGGCCCGACGACCAAGAGACGGCCGUGACGCUCCCGGACACGGUGUUCGAGCCCGCCGCCCCCCUGGAGACGCGCGGCCACCGGCAGCUGGAGGUCUUCCCCGAGUCCCCCUCGUCCAGGAACCACACCGCCGCCGCCGCCACCACCGAGGCGGCGGCGGCGGCGCCCACGGCGUCCAGGAAGAGGAGGCACCCGGCGGAGGGCCAGCAGGACGCGGUGGCCAGCAUCAUCAUCUUCCACAGCCUGGCGGCGCUGCUGCCCCAGAGCUACGACCCCGACAAGAGGAGCCUGCGGGUGCCCAAGCGGCCGGUCAUCAACACCCCGGUGGUGAGCAUCACGGUGCACGACAACGACGAGCUGCUGCAGCACGCGCUGGACAAGCCCAUCACGGUGCAGUUCCGCCUGGUCGCCACCGAGGAGCGCUCCAAGCCCAUCUGCGUCUUCUGGAACCACACCAUACUGGGUGGGAGCGGAGGCUGGUCGGCCAAGGGCUGCGAGGUGGUGUUCAGGAACAACACGCACAUCAGCUGUCAGUGCUACCACAUGACCAGCUUCGCCGUGCUCAUGGACAUCUCCAGGAGAGAGAACGGCGAGAUCCUCCCGCUGAAGCUGGUGACGUGGAGCACGGUGGGCGUGACGCUGGGCUUCCUCUUCCUCACCACCCUCUUCCUCCUCUGCCUGAGGGCCAUGCAGUGCAACCGCACCAGCAUCAUCAACAACGGAGCCGUCGCCCUCUUCCUCUCCGAGCUCAUCUUCAUCCUGGGCAUCAACCAGGCAGACAACCCGUUCACCUGCACGGGCAUCGCCAUCCUGCUGCACUUCUUCUACCUGUGCACCUUCUCCUGGCUCUUCCUGGAGGGCCUGCACGCCUACCGCAUGCUCAGCGAGCUGCGCGACAUCAACUACGGCCCCAUGCGCUUCUACUACCUGAUUGGCUGGGGAGUGCCCGCCUUCAUCACAGGCCUGGCAGUGGGACUGGACCCAGAAGGCUACGGUAACCCUGACUACUGCUGGCUCUCCGUGUACGACACCCUCAUCUGGAGCUUCGCCGGGCCCAUAGCCAUGGUGGUGGGGAUGAACGUCUUCCUCUACAUUCUGGCCUCCAGGGCCUCCUGCACCCUGAGAAGACACGGCUUCGACAAGAAGGAGCCCCCUGUCUCUGGUCUGAGGACAGCCGGCGGCGUACUCUUGCUGGUGACGGUCACAUGUCUGCUGGCACUGCUUUCGGUCAACAGUGACAUGAUCAUCUUCCACUACCUGUUCGCCGGAUUCAACUGUCUCCUGGGUCCGUUCAUCUUCUUCUUCCGCAUCGUGUUCAACAAAGAGGCGAGGUCCGCCAUGAAAUUCUGCUGCAGUCGAAAGCGGCCCGAUCACAUGAUCAAAUCCAAGGCCUCUACGUACAAGUGCAGCGGGGGCUACAUGGACGGCCGGCUGUACCACCUCCCGUUCGGGGACUCCAGCGUGUCGCUCAACGGCACCAUGCAGAGCGGGAAGAGCCAGCAGAGCUACGUGCCCUUCGUCCUCCGGGACGACGGACUCAACAACAGCCAGGCGCACAUCGCUCUGAACGAACACGGCUUCCACGACACUAAGGAGCACCAGGACGAUGGCGACAGUGAUUCAGACAGCGACCUUUCCAUCGAGGACGACCAGAGUGGCUCCUACGCCUCCACUCACUCCUCUGACAGCGAGGACGGGGAGGGGCCCUACCGCCCAGAGGAAUGCUGGGAAAACUUGGCCUCCAACGGCCCCAAGAGACCACACCUCCACGACAACGGUAAGACGCAGCCGCCGGGAGACGCCUCAGCGGGACGUCCCGGGGAGGGAGCUGGAGGGCCGGAGCUUCUGCUGGCGGAGGGGCCGGCCCACCCGGCAACCAUCGCCAGGGACAACCGAACGGCGUCGGACGAGAGGCCCGGGGACAGGGACGGCAGCGGCACCUCCACCCCGCUCCACAACCACCACCCCCACCACCACGCCCAUCCACCCCAGAAAGGGAUCCUGAAGAAGAAGCAGCUGUCUCCCAUCGCAGAGCGGAACGGGCUCCACCGGAUCCACAACGAGCUGUCAGGGGCCGGCCAGGGCCCCGGGUCCCCUCGCCGGGCGGGGGGCUCCCCCUCCCCCUCCUCCUCCUCCUCCUCCAGCGAGGGCCGACCCACGGCCCCCAAGCCCCCCCCCGCGGACCACCUCAACGGGGUCGCCAUGACCAUCAAGGCCGGGACGGUGGACGGAGACUCGUCGGGAUCAGACUUCCGUUUCCUCUCCAUGUGACCGGGAAAGGGGGUGUGUCUUCACAGGUCCUAGAGUCGGACACACCGGCGUCACGGAAUCCAUCCAUCCAAUGGCAAUGAAGAAGAACUCAGAGGGAGAGAGAGAGAGGGAGAGAAGGGGAGAGAGAGGCAGCAUGGAGGGGUUGAGCACUGGACAUUCCUUAAUCCCAGAGGAUCUCUUCCCUUCUCGAUGCUGCACCUAUAUUUGAGGCGUGUGUGUUUGUGUGUGUGUGUGUGUCGAUUGUGUGUGUGUGUGUGUACGUGUGCCAAACCUCAGGAGUCACCUCAUUGGCCCAGGCUUAAAGCACACCGAUCGGUCCCGCCCUUCCCUCGAAAAAAAUUAUGUUAUUUUUGUUCACAUACUUGAAAGCGAUGCACUUUUUAAUUUACACUGCCUGCCAAGAUGCUCUGGUGGUCAUUAGUUUUUUUUUAUAACUUUUUUAAAUGAUUGUGUAUGAGUUUGUUCCCACGUUUGUGUUUCGCUCGGCAGAUUACGGAGCAAAAUGAAGAAGUCAUCCUUUUUUCGGGCGGGGCCAUUCGGUUUGGUAGAAUUGUUAAUUAUUCAGGGAAUUAGACACACACACACACACAAAAGCACCACAAGUUUGCGUUAAAGGACGACCCGUAGUGUGUGUCGUCACCGCUCGCGGUUGCUAGGAGACCGCAUCGGCCCAUCUCCCGAUGGAGUUCAGGUCUCGGGUACCGAAGUCGUCGCAGGAUCUCUGAACGACGACAGAGUCUGUCCACAGACCCGACACCCCCUCUUUACCAGAGGAGAGGGGGACAUGGACCCCCCCAGCCCCACUUUCUCGUGCCUGGUCAUCAACAGAUCGUCGUCCAGAGGCCCCUCUUCAUCAUCUUCAUCUCCCUCACCCAUUGGAUUAGAUCAACGGUUGGCGUACUAAAGAAGCACGGAUGGACAGACUGACAGAGAGUCUACACUGUAACAUAUCCGAUAUAAGCUACUUGACACUGACGAAGGACGCGCUGUGUGGUAGCUCAGCUCCUCGGGGGUGGAGCAAGGAUGUGGGUGAGGCUGGGUUGUGGGCGGAGCCGACGACGGCGGCCGCUGCAUCACGCCGCCAUUCCCUUAAGCCAGGCGGGGAAGGACCUUUUCUUUGAAUUGCUGGCACCCCUUUGUUUCAUGGACGUGAGAAACGCUCUCGGUAUAGGACGCUGUCGCUCUCCUCCUCGCCACGGGAGAGACGUUGUCGUAUGACCUCAAUGACUAAAACACUGUAUUUUAUAGACUAGCAAUGAGGCGUUUUUGUUUUUUUUAGGCAUUUGUUGUAAAAUAUCUAAAUACCUGCUACGAACUUGCUGUAAUAUUCCACCUGUAAUCCAAUGUGACUGUACAGAGUUGCCUGUAAAAAAAUGAAUUGGGGUUUCCACCCCGUGGUUUCACCAUAUCUAUAAAAGGAAUUGCUUACGUAACGCAGUCGGACUCGUAUACUAACUGGAACAAUUCAUUUCACUGUCGUUUUUUUAUAUUGUGAAGAAAAGGCUGUUCUGCUACUUUCUCUCUCUUCUGAACAUGUAUGACCUUUGUAGAUAUCAUUUUAACAGCCAUUCAAUCUCUAAGUACUCCUCUGAUGCGGGUGUCACUAGAUCAAUCACAAAUAACCUUUUCAAACCGUGUAUGUGAACCUGGUUCCCUACAGACUGUAAAUCUGAUCCUACAUCUGUUGUUGCACCUGUGCCAAGUACAGUGACAAUAUUGUCACUUUACAAUUGCUGUUUGGUGUCUUAAAAUAAUUGUACUUCAUUUCAAAGCUGUUAUAUUCCCAGGAAACACCACCUGAUUUAACAGACGUGUGGGAAACAACGAAUGGAGAAGUGGGCCACAAAAUCAAAAAGGUUUUUCAUGUUGAUUUAAUAAACGACUUUCAAAUAAUGUUGGCAAUUUAGAAGGAAUUACUGGCACAUUAAACCUACUCCUUGUUUUAUUGUUUUUAUGUACUUGGUCUAUACAAACUGCCUAUCAUCAUAGCGCCCAAGCAAUCAACUGCUCCAAAACCAACAACUGUCGUAGGUGAUGUCAAAGCUUUAGUGAUACAGGGUAGUGUCUAUGAAAUGGCUGUUAUUUUUCUAUGUGGAAAUGCUUUGUAAAGGAUUUCACCGGAUUUCAAGUAAAACGGAGAGAAGUGGCUACCAUGA